GCUAAUUCAGUAAAUAUCGAUAAGAUGGUGGGCGUACAGACGUUCAUUGAUAAAAAUUAAGAUUAUAAUUAUAGAUUGUUAAUAUAAUAUUGACAAAUUUAAAGUAAAAAGCGAGAGAGUACCGUGUGUAGACAUGGCUCAGUUGAAGGCGCCUUCGCUGCAAUCGCUGCUCGAAUCAGAUCGCGGCUCCACAGACAGUUUGCAGCUAGAUUUAGAGUUCGAAGGCCUGGACGAUGUUGAGUUUGCCAUACCACCCACCGAUGUGCUGCCGACUCUCGAAACGGUGCUCAGCGAAUUCGAGGCGGACUCCGACGUGGCGUCCGAGCUUGGAAUGCCGGUGCCGAGGGCAACGCCAACGCCCUCGAUAGGCGAGGAUUGCGGUGUGCGCGGUGAUGGACGUGGCGGCAGUAGUUCCGGCUCUAUAAUGCGUUACACCCUACUCCAUGGCAUCUCCGCCCAACUGAACUCGGCCGCCGAACGCGUCAAUGCUGGAGCGGCGAGCGCCUGUGCCGUUGCAGCUUACAUAGCCGUGGGAACCUCGCACGGCCACAUACUCAACUUUGAUGUAACGCAAACGCUACGCUGGGCUCACCAAGACAAGCAUAGCCAAGGUGCCGUUUCGACUAUGGCCUUCAAUGCGGACUCCACACGCCUUCUGGCGGGAUUCGCUCGUGGCUUGGUCACCAUGCUGGACACCCAAACGGGCGAUGUGCUGCGUGAGCUGUUCGAUGUGAUAACGCCCAACAGUGGAGUGUUGCACGUCAAGUGGACAUCACGUACCUCACUGGCUCUCUGCGCCGAUGCUGGCGGCUCUGUGUGGUCGCUGAGCUUUACUCGCAAACUGGGAAUCAGGGGCUGCAGCUCACGCUGUUUGUUCUCAGGCGCCCGCGGCGAAGUGUGUGCCGUGGAGCCGCUCAUCAUGGACGCUCAUGGACGUCAUGAACUGGACCAGUACUGCAUUGUGGCCUUGGCCACGCUCUCGAAAUACUUUAUAGUCACAGUGCGUCCACGUCUGCGUGUCAUCAAGUUCCAUGCGCUGCAAGGCCCCGCAGAUUGCUUGCCUCUGCUGGCGUGGCAUAUGGUGCUUAUCCAAGCGGCGGACACCACUCGCUCCGUGGAUCCCGUCAUUGUCGUUGGCCGUGGCAAUCAGCUCUUCUUUCACCAGCUCUUUGUGGCCAAUGGACGCAUCACUUUGCUAUAUCUGCGUCAUGUCCAGCUGCACAGCAGCCUCCUAUCCGCCCACUGGCUGGGUCCGAAGUGUGUUGCAUCGCUAGACACCUCGGAGAUAUUACAUUUGGUGGAUGUACGCUCUAGUCGAGAGCUGGAGUGCAUGGAUAUGGCCAAUGCUGGUCUAGUCUAUGGCUCGGCGCAAUUUAAGGGUCUGGCCACGGGCGGCAAUGUCUCACCCGCCUUCGCCUUGGCCGGCACCAAUGCCUGCUACAACUCCGUAGUCUCCCGAGGCACACAGCUCUAUGUGCUCGGCGCGCGCUCACUGCAUAUCAUUGGAGUGCGGACCUGGUCGGAGCGCAUUAGUUAUUUGGUGAAGAACCAUCGCUGGCAGGAGGCCUGUCAGCUCGCCUUGGAUGGCUACGUCGCCUCUGCGGAGCGUCCACGCAAACGUGCCCAGGCCAAGGAGCGCAUCAUAAUGCUGUUCAAGGAGUACAUAGCCAAUUCAGCGCGUGCGCCCGAUUACUGUCUGGGCGCCAUUGUGAAUUGUCUGAUAACCAUUGGCGAACUGGAUCUGUUGUGGACGCAGCUCUGGGAGCGGCUGCACAACAACACGGAGCUCUUCUUGCAGCACAUCUCUGAGCACAUUGAGCAGGAGACCAUACACAGCGUUAAUCCGGUCAUAUCGCAGGCUCUUGUGGACUACUGGCUGCAGCAAUCGCCUGCCAAGCUGGAGCAGCUGAUCCUCAAGCUGGAUUGGAUGUGCUUGGACUUGAACCAGGUGCUGAAGGCAGUCAAGAAGCAUCAGCUAUAUCGGGCGCAGCUCUAUCUGAAUGCUUGCGCCUUGAAUGAUUACACCACGGCGUUGACAGAGCUGUUGCCGCCACUGCGGGCGGAUCAAACGGAUCUGGGCAACUGUCUGCUGGUUUACAUAUCCAGCUGCUUGGCCGGACGACGCUUUCCAAGCGGCGAUAUACCCGAGGACCAGGUGCAGCAGGUCAAGCAUGAUGUAUUGCGCUGCCUCACCUCCCAGCACUCGAGUUCCAGCCCCGUCGAUGAGCUGCCCUAUCCAUAUCUGCGCGCUCUACUCAAAUUCGAUACUCGCGAAACCCUAAAUGUCAUCUCGUUGGCUUUCCAGGAGCGCGAGUUCAGCAACGAGCUGGGCUACUCCCAUCGCAAGCGCAUCAUAUAUCUGCUGCUCGAAAUCAUGACGCCCGAGAAUGCAACGUGGGCGGAGAUUGGCUGCUUGCUGAACUUUAUUGCUCAGCAGAUAUCGACGCAGUGCCUGCCGCGAGAUAAGCAGCUGCUGGAGCGUGUGCUCAGCUACCUGGCACAGGAGAGCAUUGCCAACGAGAGCACGCGCCAGCAUUCGGAACGAGAGAGCGCCUGGCACGAGCUGCUCACCAGCAAUUGCCUUGCUGACAUCAGCAGCGACGAGGAACAGCUGAAAUUGGCACAGAGAGCACGCUGCUACUAUGUGGUAGAGUAUUUGCUGGAGAAGCUGCAGCGCUAUGACAACAUGCUCGAUUGCCUCAUACACAAUCCGACGCGGCAUGAAACGAUGUUCGCCUACAUGGAACGUCAUGUGAACAACAGCGAGCGCAGGAUCUAUGCACAGCUGCGCGAGCAUCUGGGAGAACUACUGGAGAUUAAUGCUACGGAGACGACGCGCAUCAUUGCAUUGCACUAUCCGGGCAAGAUUAGUGAACUGGUGGAGCUGCUUCAUGGAAAGAAGCCGCUGCUUUUUCGCCUACUGCAGUGCCUCAAUGAGAGGCACUGCGAAUUGCAGCCAAUUCAAAUGGAGCUGCUACUCGAGCUAUACUGUAAUUUGGAACAGCCUGAUGAAGUGCUCGAAUUCUUGAAGAAUAGCGCAGGAUAUCGCCUAAAUAAAGCCGUGGACAUUGUGGAGCGACAUCAGCUGAAGCGAGCCGUCAUCUACCUGUAUGAGCAGCAGGAGUGCUAUGCGAAAGCCUUUGACCUGUCCAUGGAACUGUUGCGCGCAGCCGAUGUGAAUGCAGCUGAGAAGGAAGCUAAGGAGAUUGCAGAACUCUUGGCACGCGCUGCCCCGACGUUGCCUGAGAAGGAGCUGGAGCGCUGCUGGUUUACCCUGCUGCAGUAUAUUCUGCCACAGCAGGAGCUGCAGUCGAUCACCAAGUCCAUGCUGCACGAGGCUUCGCAGCACAUUGAUCUGCACAAUCUGGUGCAGCUCAUCAUGAACACCCACAAUGUGUCCAGCAGCUUUGGCGACAUCAAGGAUCUGCUGAUGAGCAUGCUGAUUAGUUCGCGCCAGGAGACGGAGGCGCUGCGCCUUGCCGCCGAUAAGCUCUGCCAGAAUCUGCACACAGAGUUCGCCGAGCAGCGGCAUCUGGCACGUCGUGGUCUCUGGGUAACCAGCAUGCGCUGCCUCAUCUGCCGCCAGCGUUUAUACGAUCAGACGCCGGUUCUCGUGCUGGGUCCAUGUGGGCAUGCGUUCCACGAACGGUGUUGGAGCGAGACAACAGCGUUGCAGAAAUGUCCACGCUGUGAAGAACCGCUGCCCUUCGAACCGGAUGAUGCACAGCAGCUGUCAAUUGUUCGCUUGCCAUGCCCCAGCCAGCAUUUACUAAAGAGCUCCAACACCAUGGAACUGGGCUCGCUGCAGCUGAAGGCGCCACCCAGGCGCUUCUGCUAGAGAUAAUAAUAAUGCAAUAAUGCACGCAUGUAAAUUCCUAAUAUUUUUAUGUACGUAUAUUCCAUAUUUAUAUAUUGCCAUUGUAUGUAAUUAUCGUGUUUGUGUAAGUGUAAAUGCAACGUCAAGUAUUAUGUGUAAUCAUCCCGAAAGGUGCGACUGUUCCAGAUGAUAUGUGUAUAGCCUAGCAUUGCUAAUUCUUUAAUGCUAAACACUUUGUCAACAAUUCAGUCUAGAAUAGACAAAUGUUAAAUAGUAAAAACUUGAUAAAAGAUGUCACAUGUUUAUAUUUAUGCACAUUCGAAAAUAUAUAUAUAUAUACAUAUAUAUGUACACUAUAUAUUUAUUUCUAUAUAAAUCGUAUUCAUGUUAUAUGUUCAUUUGUUUAUUAUAAUAAGCUUAAGCUAUUUGUAGACUCAAGUGUGAACACCCCAAUUAUUAGCUAAAUCACAAAAUAAACUGAACAAAUCCUAGUAAA